AUGGAGGCAAUCGACUUGGCCAACGAGAUGAAACUUUGGCAGAAAGUACCUGAGAUCAAAAACGACAACAUGCGGAAGGCGCGCGAAUUUCCUGCCUGGGGGUACGUUUUGUGUCAUCCGCUUUCAAGACAACAUGCUGAUAUUCCCCUUUGGCUCUGGCUAUGGACCACGAUGUACACAUACUAUUACAUGAGACCACCUCUUCUACCACCACCAGACUACGAAGUACCUAAUCCCGACCUGGAUCCUGAAUGGUAUGGGGAAGUCUGGGUUCGAUACUGUCAAAACUCUGUACGGACGCCGAUCCUGCUCGAUCAUAACUUCAGAGAGACGACACGGUUACGUCUGAUACAAGCUGACAUCGGGACCGCCAUGUUUGGCAAACUGAACAACGCAGACGGUUUGUCAUAUGAACAGGCUUUGAUCUUCAAGGCGAGGCUUGGUGCAUGGCUUCAUGCACUUCCAGAGCCACUAUCAGCCAGCAAGGUCGUGUACCCGGGUCACAUCUCCCUUCACUUGGAAUAUCAUGGCACAUGUCUGGCACUCUUCCGGACUCAUCAGCAGAAUUCUUGUGACGCUGUAGCACAAGCGAAGAUCGGCUUGGAGACUCUGUGCGUCUUUGCUUCCUCGCCACAGUUUCGAUACCUGCGACGUCUUUCUGUGCAAUUUUCUCAUGGCCUCAAGAGUCAAGCCUCCCACUACUACCUGGGCAGUCUAACCUACCGUGUGUUACGCAACCUCAUGAACCCUGACGAUGUGUCACGGCUUGGAUCAUCUCUGAGCUUGAAGGGCAACGAAGAAGAUGAGCAGAUGGCGGCAGAUCAUAUAUAG